AUGGAAGAAAAUGGAGAGGGCCACGGCCUUGCAGAGGGCAAGAUUUUAUCUAUCUGGAUGAUUUUGUUUGUGGUGCUAGUUUUGUUGCCUUCAAUGUUUAGAGUGUCAUUGGGGAUUUCUCAUUUCUAUGUGAAAAUUGUAAUAAAAAUGUUAGAGUGGGCCACCCUGCAGAUUGAAGAGGGAGUAAAAAAGCACAAGGCGGUGACACUUGAAAAUUUAAUCUCCACUGGGAUAAUCCAGAGAGAGGAAACUUCCAUGGAAGAGGAGAUUGCUGACCAGCACCAAGGAUGCUUCAGCCUUGCUGAUGUUAUGUACUUCUCCAAGAAGGGGUGUGAGGCAGUUGCAGAAGAUGAAGUCACACAACGGUUCUCCUCUGAGGAGCUGGUGUCCUGGAACCUCCUCAGCAGAACCAAUGCCAGCUUGCACCAUGUCAGCUGGCAGCUGAGCGUUGUGUGGGUCAUGGGGAUCCUAAUUCGCUAUUGUCUCCUGAUGCCUUUUCGCAUCUGCUUGGCUGUUUUCAGUAUCCUCUUGCUGGUCUUGGCCACUACAGUAGUAGGACAGUUUCCAAAUGGCAGAGUUAAAUGCUGGCUGAGCAACCAGGUUCAGAUGAUAUGUGCCACAUUAGGUGUCCGAUGUCUGGGUGGUCUCAUUCAUUUCCACAACAGGGAAAACAGACCGCAGGAAGGAGGCAUCUGUGUAGCCAACCACACGUCUCCAUUAGAUGUUCUCAUCCUGGCCAGUGAUGGAUGCUAUUCCUUGGUUGGCCAGGCACAUGGAGGGCUUCUGGGACUUAUUCAAAAAACUUGCAUGCAAACCACUCAGCAUGUUUUGUUUGAACGCUCAGAAAUGAAAGACCGUCAUCUGGUGAGGAAAAAAAUUAGAGAACACAUUGCAGAUAAGACCAAAUUACCCAUUUUAAUUUUCCCGGAAGGUACCUGCAUAAACAAUACAUCAGUAAUGAUGUUUAAGAAGGGAAGCUUUGAGGUAGGAGGGACCAUCCAUCCAGUAGCAAUCAAGUAUGACCCCCGCUUUGGAGAUGCGUUCUGGAACAGCACAAAGUAUUCCAUGAUGACCUAUGUUUUUAAUAUAAUGACUAGCUGGGCUAUUGUCUGUAAUGUGUGGUACCUGCCACCAAUGGUCAAAGAGGAAGAAGAAGAUGCUGUUCACUUUGCCAGCAGAGUCAAGGCUGUCAUUGCUGCUCAAGGAGGAAUGUCUGUGCUGCCUUGGGAUGGGGGAUUGAAAAGGAAAAAGGUCAAAGAGUCUUUCAAGGAAGAGCAACAGAAAAAAUAUUGCCAAAUAGUAAUAGAAAGUGGAUCUGUGGGAAACAGAAAUGUUUGUUAAAUGAUAUUUAUUUUAUCUCAAUUUCCCAUGACUUCUCUCCACCAGAAAAUGGGCUAUUUUUUAUACUACAUUUGACAUACUUCUGUUCCUGUAAGAUAUUUUGUAUAUGACACAGCAGGGGAAACCAUAAAGAGAUAGUAUUUUGUAUUAAAUAAGGAUA